AUGAAGCAGAGAUUCUCCUCUUUGGAUGUGAAGGUCAUCUCGCAGGAGCUGGCGUCAGAGUGCGUCAACCUCCGCGUGUCCAAUAUUUAUGAUCUUUCAUCACGUAUUUUCCUUUUCAAGCUAGCGAAACCAGACCAUCGUCGUCAACUUAUUAUUGACUCUGGUUUCCGCACUCAUGUGACUCAAUAUUCGCGAACGGCGGCAACCACACCUUCACCCUUUGUGACGCGCCUUCGCAAACAUCUGAAGUCUCGCCGUAUCACAAAUAUCGCCCAAAUUGGAACGGACCGCAUCAUUGAUAUAACUUUCAGCGACGGUGCAUACCACAUCUUCUUGGAGUUUUUCGCCGGUGGUAAUAUCAUUUUGACCGACCGCGAGCACAACAUCCUUGCUUUGUUCCGACAAGUCUCUCCGGGUGAGGGACAGGAGGAGAUCAAGCUCGGCCUUCAAUAUAUCACCACCAACAAACAGAACUACGACGGAGUUCCGGAUAUUACGGCGGAUCGAGUCAAGCAAACACUGGAGAAGGCCCAGGUCCUGUUCUCACAGGAGGGCAGUGCACCCAAGAAGUCAAAGAAGAAAGCCACCGAUGUUUUGCGAAAGGCAUUGUCUCAAGGCUUCCCUGAAUAUCCUCCCUUGCUGCUGGAUCAUGUCUUUGCGGUGAAAGAGUUUGACACGGCCACCCCGUUGGAUCAAGUUUUGGGUAGACAGGAUCUGUUGAAGCAGGUGCAAGAAGUUCUGGAAGAAGCGCAGCGUAUCUCUACUGGAUUUGAUACGGGAGACAGUCACCCAGGCUACAUCGUCGCCAAGGAAGAUACCCGUCCCAUCCCCGAGGAGGAUAGCUCGACCAAGACCCCCGGGCUACUCUAUGAAGACUUCCACCCCUUCAAGCCCCGCCAAUUUGAAAGCAAACCCGGCGUCAAGAUUCUUGAAUUCGAGCGCUUCAACGCCACUGUCGACGAGUAUUUCUCCUCGCUGGAGUCACAGCGGCUGGAGUCGCGUCUGACAGAACGCGAGCAGGCAGCUAAGAAGAAGCUCGAAUCUGUGCGCCAAGAGCAUAAGAAGCGAAUCGAUGCAUUGAAAGAUGCACAGGAGAUUCACAUUCGCAAAGCGGACGCCAUCCAAGACAAUGUCUAUCGUGUCCAAGAGGCGAUGGAUGCUGUGAAUGGAUUGGUCGCCCAGGGAAUGGACUGGGGUGAGAUUGCGCGCUUGAUCGAAAUGGAACAAGGCCGUGGAAACCCUGUGGCACAAAUUAUCAAAUUGCCUCUGAAGCUGUAUGAGAACACAGUCACCCUCCUCCUAGGAGAAGCGGGCGAUGACGAGGAAGAUGAGGAUGAGGAUGAGAAUGAGGAUGAGGGGUAUUCAGGCAGUGAAGAAUCCGACUCAGACUCAGAAGACGAAAAGGAGGAGCAGAAAAAGAGGGCCGAUCGCGAGUCCAAACAACUGACGAUUGACAUCGACCUCGGCCUCAGCCCUUGGGCUAAUGCGUCGCAAUACUACGACCAAAAGAAGCAAGCCUCGGAGAAGGAGCAAAGGACUACACAGUCUUCUGCAAUGGCGCUGAAAAGUCACGAGAAGAAGGUGACGACAGAUCUCAAGAAGGGCCUGAAGAAGGAGAAGCAAGUCUUGCGGCAAUCACGAACCCCGUUCUGGUUCGAAAAGUUCAUCUUUUUCAUCUCUUCCGAGGGUUAUUUGGUUAUUGGUGCACGAGAUUCCAUGCAGAGUGAACUACUAUAUCGUCGCUAUUUGACAAAGGGGGACGUUUUCAUCCACGCUGACCUGGAAGGUGCGACGCCAAUUGUGGUGAAAAACCGAGCCGGGUUUGCAGAUGCGCCAAUUCCCCCCAGCACACUUUCCCAGGCCGGCAAUCUCUGCGUGGCGACUUCUUCCGCGUGGGACUCCAAGGCCGUCAUGUCUGCUUGGUGGGCGCACGCUCACCAGGUAUCAAAGAUUGCGGAGAACGGUAGCGGCAUCAUGCCAACCGGCGUCUUCCAAAUCAAGGGAGAGAAAAACUUCUUGGCUCCAUCGCAAUUGGUUCUCGGAUUUGGUAUCAUGUUCCAGGUUAGCCAGGAAAGCGUUAAAAACCACAAGCAAAUCUUCGACACACCUGAUGUCCCUAAUGCCCCGCAACCCACCGAGGUCUCUGAAGGUCAAGCUGAAACAAAUGAGCCGGAGAACUCGUCCCCGGCUCAAACUGCUACCGACAAGCCCGAGCCUGUCCAAGAAGCCGAUGAUGAUGUCGCGGGAGAUGACAAGCAAGAAGCAGCCUCUGAGGAUGAGCAGGACGAGCAGGACGAGGACGACAAAGCAGCCACAAGAAACCCUCUUCAACGCGGGGACUCUGAGAUGCCAGCUCAGCAGCAGGCCGAAGAGUCUGAACCUGAGUCAGACCUGGAGGAUGCCGACGAACGAGUCGAUGAGCAGGAACAAAAGGUCCCAGAAGAGCACCUGGAAGACGAAGAGCAAUCUUCGGCCACAGUAAACCAGCCCGCUGAGCCCGAAGAGCCGAAAUUGUCUGCGCGUGAGCGCCGCACCCUGCGACAAGGCAAACCCCUUGAUCGCCCUGAAGAACCACCCGCGCCGCGCAUUGCUCCCACCAAGGCUAAGCGUGCGAAGGAGAAGCGUGCUGCUGCCAAGUACGCUCACCAAGAUGACGAGGAGCGUGAACUUGCCCUCCGUCUCGUGGGUGCCAACAAAGGAAAAGCGGCCAAGGCCGCCAAAGCAGCCGAAGCCAAAGAGCAGCGCGAGCGAGAUGCCGAGGCCCAAAGGCAGCGUCGCCGUGCCCAGCACGAGCGCGCAGCCGAAGCCGAGCGCAAGCGCCAGGCUCAGUUCACUGAAACCGGAACCGACGAUUACAACGAGGAGACCGCUGCCGCGGAAGCUGCGGAUCUUACCUGGAUCCCAGCUUUGAUUGGUACACCGACCCCGGAUGACGAAGUCAUUGCUGCGAUUCCUGUCUGUGCCCCGUGGGCUGCGCUUGGACGCUAUAAAUACAAGGUCAAGCUGCAACCGGGUGCCGUGAAGAAGGGCAAGGCCGUGAAAGAAAUUGUUGGUCGAUGGGUGUCUGAAACUACCACUGGCAAGGUCAAGAAGGAACACGCUGAGGAGGCUGGGGUCGCCCGUGUCGAUGCAGAGCGCCUCCGCGAACGGGAGGGUGAACUCAUCAAGGGCUGGAAAGACACCGAGAUCAUCAACACCAUGGUUGUGGGCAAGGUGCGUAUCAUGACCGCGGGUGCUGCCAGCGGCGGCGGUGGUGAUAAGGGCAAAGCCAAAGGGGGUAAGGGUGGCGGUGGUGGAAAAGGAGGCUCUAAGGGCAAGAAGAAAUGA